AUGAAGUUCAUCAUUGGCAUUGGAGGAGUGACCAACGGUGGGAAGACCACUUUGACAAACAGACUACUAAAGACAUUGCCCAAUUGUUGCGUGGUGCAUCAGGAUGACUUUUUCAAGAAACCCGAUCAAAUAGAAGUCGGGGAGGACGGCUUUAGACAGUGGGAUGUGAUCACCGCUCUGGACAUGGAGGCAAUGGUCAAUACUGUGAAAGGCUGGCAGGAAAACCCAGUCAAGUUUGCACGCUCACACGGUGUGACGCUCUCACCCGAAGCAGAAGAAUCCGACUCAGGAGAAAAUGGGAUUCAUAUUCUUAUCGUGGAGGGCUUCCUGAUCUACAACUACAAGCCUCUGAUUGACACCUAUGACAAAUGUUUCUACAUUUCCAUUCCUUAUGAGGAGUGCAAAAGGAGAAGAAGUACAAGAACAUACACAGUCCCCGACCCCCCCGGCCUGUUCGAUGGCCACGUCUGGCCCAUGUACUUGAGGCAUAGGAAAGAAAUGGACAACAACUGCAGCAGAAUAGAGUAUCUUGACGGAAUGACAACGAAGGAAGAUAUCUACAACCAAGUUAUGGAAAGUGUUCAAAACUCAAUGCUGAACACCUUAUAG